UCAAGAUUAAAGUCAAAACUUGGAUGCAUUCUACUUUUUGUAUAUAUGUGACUAAUUAUACUUCUUUAGACAAGGAAUUGACUUCGGUACCAUAGAGUUUUGUAUUUCAAUAUGAAAAAAGUAGAAGAAGAAGAAUCCGGUCAUGAAAUGGAAAUGGAUCUAUCCCUUAAGAUGGAUGCACAAGAAGAAGAAAAAACCGAUGACCAGCCACCUCAAUCGCAGAAUAAUCAAGCACAAAACAAAGAAUUCCAGCCUGAAAAUAAACUGAAAGAAAAAUCACAAGAAAUUGUAGCUGAUGAUGAUCAUAAAUCCAUUGAAUAUUACUCACUGGAGAACUUGAAGACAGAAAAGCUGUCCAUUUUACAGAAGCAGAUGAAUCGGAUGAAGGAGGAGAAUAAGAUAUUGAGGACUUCAAUAGAACAAGCUACGAAGGAUUAUUAUGAUCUAACAUUCAAAGUUGCUAUGAUCCACAAAAAUAACCAAAAGAAGGAUUCCAAACUGUUAGUUUCACUUAAUGGAAAUGAGGAGCCAAGUGAUCAAGAGCCAAGUAGAAGUCCAAAGAUGUUCGAUAUCAAGAAUCAAACGGAGUUGUCGCCAUUAAUACAGGAAGAUGAUCUGAGUGAUAGUACUGAAUUAGGGUUGUCGUUAACACUGAAAAGCAGUCCAAGAAAAGUAGAGAGAGAGAAUGAAAAAAAGGAGAAAAGGGAAGAUCGAGAGGGAUUAAUCACACAGAUACGAGGUAAGCCACAUGGGGGAAGCAAUCUGCCUGGAAUUACAAGCCAUGUUGCAUCUCCAUCAAGUAGAAGAUCUAGGGUUUCAGUCAGAGCCAGAUGUGAAACAGCCACAAUGAAUGAUGGAUGCCAAUGGAGAAAGUAUGGUCAAAAGACUGCAAAAGGAAAUCCUUGCCCAAGAGCAUAUUAUCGUUGUACCGUAGCUCCUGGAUGCCCUGUAAGAAAGCAGGUCCAAAGAUGUUUGGAGGACAUGUCGAUACUAAUCACAACGUAUGAAGGAACACACAAUCAUCCACUCCCAGUGGGUGCAACAGCGAUGGCAUCAACCGCGUCAGCUGCAUCAGCAUCCUUUACAUUACUCGAUUCAAGCAACCCAUUUUUAGAUGGAAUGACAACCUCAAACCAGACGCAUUUCCCUUACCCUAAUCCUUAUAAUAGAAUUAAUAUCCCAUCUUCUCCAUACAUCCCAUACCUAAGAAACAUGAACCCUAAUGACCCUUCUAAAGGUAUUGUUCUUGAUCUCACAAAUAAUGCUUGUAACGGACAAUUUCUCGGGACUAGCCCUUUGCAGUACUCUACAGGACAACCAAUGGGACAGCCAGGAUAUUCUUGGCUGCCUAGAGCAGGCAUUUAUAGUGGAACUAACCAGAGUUUUCCUGGUCCUAAACUAGGAGAUGGGAAGGGGCCUAACGGUGAAGGGAAUAGUGAUAUUAAUAAACAUUUGAAGGAAAAUAUGAGUGCAAUUGCUUCUGAUCCUAAGUUUAGGGUUGCUGUUGCCGCCGCCAUUUCCUCUGUACUUAUUAAUAAUAAAGAAAGCCCUACAGCAUGUCCUAUAGAUGGGGAGAGUGGGGCUAACAGCCCUAAAACUUGGGUUCUUGAAUCCACAAGUGCUUCUGCUGGCAAGUCCUUGUGAAGGUUUUUUUUGCAUUCACCAUCCUUUCAAGGUGGAAGUUGUGGGUUCGAACCUCACUAACUGGUUUACAUUCGACUCGGGUAGGACGAGGUACGUGGAAUCUCAUUCGAAUUAGCAAGUAGAUAAAAUAUUGUGUAACAAUUAUAUUGUUUUGAAGCCAAUAUUUAUACUGAACAUGAAUUUGUAUUUUUUUUUUCUUUUAGUAUUGAUAUUUGUUUUACUUUUUGAAAGAUGGGAGGUUCCAUGUGAGUCAUUGACUGUUGUAGAACUCUAGGACUUGAACAUUUACAAAGUUGGUUAAAAACUUUCUUUAAUUAAACAAAAGGGUCUGGUGCAUGCACACAAAACUGAGAAUUGGUUUGGUAAGUUAGACUCCAUAAA